UAAUACUGUGCUAUUUCCAAUACGAGAAGGUCUGUAUAACAAGCUAUGCGAGUACUCUGAUUGUAGGAUCUAGGAGGACAGCGAUAAGACCUAUUUGAUAAACCUGCUGCUGAAAGUCCGUCAGGCUCUACUGUAUCCCGGAAGUGGUUGCCCUCUGACGUAUUUUGCCGCUGCCACCACGUAUCCUUGACAGCAAUGGAUGUCACACAGCCUUUGAAUAUAUGACAAGGAUAUAAUUCGACUUUGAACACGUGAUUUACAUCGAUUUCAUUUAAACAUGGAUCUUACGAGGUGUUUAGUGACGCUGUUUAUUGUGUUGGUGUCGUCAUGCUGCACAUUAUCAACAACGACAAAUAAGGCACCAACAUCUUCAACAGCAGCCCCAACAACACCGUCCUCAACGUCCCCCCCUGCAACCACAACUACGCCCACCACUACAGCUACACCGACGACUCCGACCAAAACUACAUCUGCAACCACGACUACACCCACAACCACGACUACACCCACAACCACGACGACAACCACGACUACAACCACAACCACGACUACAUCCCCAACAACGACUACGUCCACCUCGAUUACAACUACCCCAUCUCCAACAACGUCGAAGAAAUCUACAACAUUAACGUCGUUUGCCGUAACAGCAAUGAGCCAAGAUACGGCAACAACAGGAACGAGUACAAGCACCGAGUCUCUUACCCCAGACUCCGAAACAACAGACACAACAACACAAAAGACCGCAAGCUCCACGGACGGCACGACUAUCACGACAGUGGGAACAGCCACAACCAUAACGAGCAUUGAUUCCACUGGGCCUCUGUCCAGUAUCACGCCACCCACAGUAUCAGCCUCUACAACAGAGGCGCCUGCUGCUUCAACUGCAACUGGUACAUACAGAAGUACCACCCCUGCUGAUGGUCAACCGGUUACUUCCACAUCUCCAGAAACACAAGGGGAAACUGACAAGAUUGUUGGAGAUCUCAAGGCGGAGAAUACAACUCUGAAGAUAGUAGUUGGGAUUCUGGCAGCGGUGAUUGGCUUAGCGAUCAUCAUAGCUGGCAUAUACUGCAUCCUAAGCAGGAGACGGCGGCGCCCGCCAUUUAUACCGGGAGGCGAAGAGGAGCCGGCUAUCCGCCACGAGAAGCGCCCCUACUUUCGUCCAGCCAGCAGUUACGACCUGGGGAACAGUCCAGCUCGGACAGUGUCCACCUCCAGUGAGUUAGAUCCCAUGACGGCCAAGUCCAACAAGGGCAACUUGCAGAUGUUUACUUUCAGUAACGGAAGUGACGAUAAUCCAAAUGAAAAACCACUGAAAGAGAUAAACGAAAAUGAAGAAUUGUAGACGGAGCCCGGUAUUGAAGAAGGACUACACUGCAAUGUCAACUUCGCGUGCGCCAUACUGGAUAAUCCUAUAUGUUGUCUUAUGCUUCUCAUCCAUGUUUUAUAUGGAAUCAUGAAACGGUAUUGCAGUGAUGAUUUUGUUGAUGUCGUUUAACGCAAUCCCACUGACAGUUUUCUAAGAGAAACGACGGAAACACAUGCAGUGACUGAAGACGCUGUAUCCGAAGGACUGAUUACAAUCAUGUGUUAUCUGAAGCAACCCGGAACCUGAGACAAGCUGUUUGACAGUCUUGAUAAUCAGUCACAUGAUGACUGACCUGUCCGAACCGCAAGUUACCUGCAGUAAAGAGGGUAAAUUAUGAGCCAUGUGUUUUACCGCCAUAAUUCGUACAGUCAACGAACAGCAUUUGUGCUUUAAAUUAUCCAUGACUGAAGCUUUAUGAUCACUUAAAGUUUUAUUAUGUCUGUCUGUGCGUGUGUGCAUGUGUCUGUCUGUGCCCGUGAAUGUAUGCGUGUGUGUGUGUGCGUGCGUGCGUACGUGCGUACACAGAAGAAACCAUUUACAUGUACUUUGAUGUCAAAAAUAUUAUUUCGGCAUCAUGCUUUCCUCAUAUUUAAGGUGUAUAUAAUGACAUGAGUAUUUUUGACACUAUCAUCACAUUCAUACAUUUUUACAAACAUACAUGCGUACAUUCGUACGUACGUACGUACAUGCAUACUAUAAUACUUACAUGCAUGCAUACAUAUAUACAUGCAUACGUACAUAUGUACAUGCAUACAUACAUACAUACAUACAUGCAUCGUUUUGUCACUAACAAAAGAAUGAUUAAAUUUCUUUACAUGUGAUCUUGCUUCGCAAGAUUAAGUUGGAAUCCCCUGUUUUACUUACAUAAGAUAUGCAUUUGUGCCUUUAGUGACUACAAUCAAAAAUAUCAUACAUAAUGCGUUACCAGCACGAACGAUGAAAGUUGUAAAAUGAAGUCUCUGACUCGUAUGCUGAAGUUUUUAGUGUAAAACGUUCGCCAAAGGUAGAAGUAGCUAUGUAUCUGUUAGCUAUGUAUCUAUUUGACACGCGUGUCCGCUUUCAUGUCUUUGCUAGCUUUCGGUAGUGUAAGUGUUGUUAUACCGUAAAUCAUUGGAUAAGCGUCGGCUGUUUAUGAUCUCAAAUGGCCCUUUGAUCAUGUGCUAGUUCAUAUUAGAUUUUACUUUUUUCAAAGGGGAUUGUAUGAAAUUUUGUUUUAUAACUUGCUCCUGGAGGUUUUAAUAUUUAGAAUUAUAUGUGCAUAGAUGAGACUUAACAUAAACGGUUUUUCCUUCCAGUUAUAGCACCAUCCAACUCCCGACUCGCUACCAUUAUCAAACAUUUACACAGUUUCAAUACUAACAGGCAUUUAGGACUUGGUAGAUACUAACAGAGUCAUGAACAACACUUCACAAGGAACAAAUCUUAUUGUUGCUCUAGUUUGGCCAAAACGGCAAUUUCUGUCAGUAACAGUAGCGCGGCUAACGCUGGAUUUACGGUAAAUGUAUAUACCACUGCUUCCGAUACGCUGCUCUUACUGUGAUAUCUCAGACACAACCAGUUAAGCUUUUCACAAUUGAACUAUGGGGGAAAUAUGUUCGCUUUCGGAUUAACGUGAUAUUUGUCAAGUGGGUGGGUAACUUUAGCUAAUGUAGGUCCGAUUGUUUUGAAAAAUAAUUGUUCAGAUGAAUCAGGUUUGGACACAAUGCGUCAGAUUCUAUUGUCCAGUAUACAUGAAAGCCGUAUGAUUGAACGGUGAAGAUUUAUGCUUGAAGCGGCCUGUAAAAUCCCAAUACAAUGCUUUCCUACUUCGCCUUUGUUUAUUAUUCAAUCUGUGUGUCUGUUUACCUAUGUCAUACAUUAUCUGUGUUCUGGAAUUUCAAUACACUUCCUUGACAAAACCAACAACUCAUUCAAUAUGUGUGUCCCCGGGUAA